AUGGGGGAGAGCAGGAGAACUUCAAGAUUUGGAGCCGCAAACAAAAGAGCUGGCAGCUGCAAUCUGGUAAAAGAGAUUGCAGGGGGUGCAAGUAGAGCAAGCGUCGCUGCGGUCAGCAAAGCAAGCACGGCUGCGUCCAGAUCCCCUUCUUUGCUGACAUCAUCAACGCUGCGGGCAACGUGGUCAACACUGGUAUUGUCGUGCGGCCUGAGGGCCCCUCGCUUCCGAAGCCCCUCGCUUUCAAAUCUGCGGCAGCCACCAAGUCAGUCAGCGUCCGGUCAAAGGUCUGGUGCCCCUUAUCCGGGCGCGACAACUGAGGCCUUGCACGUCUUGAGAUUGGAGGUGUCGCUUGCAUAUUUGGUGCUACCUACAGCGGGACUGUGCGCGCGCAUUCUGGAUGGCUGGGACUACUUCGUCGAGCUCGCUGGUUGA